AUGUCUCUGUCUCAUGUGGAGUUCUCUGAGUUUGUGUAUUUUGAGGACCAGACACAAGGUACUGUAAACAAACACAAGCUGUGUCUAAGUGGACUGAAUGACCGUGACCGUAAGACAGCUCAUGGAGAACUGGUCGGCCUUCAGCUGCUAAUGGAUGAUGUCAUUCUGAGCAGCUAUCACAUGAUCGUGGAAAGCCUUCCAAGACAACAAGCCACAGAGGGCAAAAAUACACAGGUAUUGUGGAGGUCCUUUCCUGGUCUCUAUCUGCCCAAAAGGCUUGAAUUCAGAAGCUGGUUCCUAAGCUGUCCAAAGGCCUCUGCACUUCAAGAAGGCUCACGUGAUGCCCUGACAUCCCUUGCUCUGUUGAGGUCCUUCCUGAUACUCUGGAAGCAGCUGGAAGUGCUGAAGGAGCACUGGGGCCACCUCAAACUGCAAGGCCAGGAAGUCAACACACUGCUUCUACACAAACAGUUCACUGAGCUCUACAAAAUGGAUAUUUUCUACCCCAGCAUGAAAGCUAUAGCCAGGCAGAUGGGGAAAGAAGAUGAAUUUGAAGGACUUAUAAUAAAUAAUCAGCCUAUUCUUCCCCCCAAAGGAGCUUCAGAAAUUGAAAUAAAAACUCAGCAGCUUCAGAAACUCCUGGAAAGUCUUGAAAUCCAUAUGAUCCAAGAAGUAUUAAGAAAAGUCAACAGAGACAUGACAUUAGUUAUAUCUGAAAAGUCCAAGGAGGAGUGUACUCUCCCUACAGAACUUUGGAAACACCAAGUCAUGAAAGAAAGUUUUUCAGUCAUAAGACCCCAAGUAGUUGAAAAUUUUAUACAGAGAUUAAUGGAAAAUUACCAUGAUGAUGAGUUAGAGAUCACAUUCAGCAAAGACCACCUGAAGGACUGCCUGCUUUCCUUGGGUUGUGAUGUGAUGGCAAGAGAACGGAGCAACUUUGAGACCUACUCCAUGUCUUACGAGCAUGUGUUGCAGCAUGUGCAGCAGAGGCUGUCCCAGAAGGAGCAAGAGUUAGAAGCCAUACAAAGAAGCCAAAGGACGCCUGAAGAAGAUUCUAGUCAAGUUACAGAGCUCAGUCAUGAUAUGAUCAUGGAAAUCACUGCUCUGAGGGCCCAGCUCACUGACUUGGAAGAGGAAAAUCUGAACCUGAGAAAGCAGAUUCAAAAAGAAGUCCGAGAAGAAUAUGAAGCAUUAGUUCAGGCUUUGUUUGUGACAUGUUUACACAUAGAAGAAAAACUGGAUGAAAACCAACUUAAUCUGAUCCAAAAUGUAUGUGAGCUCAUCAGUGAGGUGAGAAGAGAAGGCAUUGACAAUAUGAAGGAUCUGAAGAAAAGAUGGGGCUCUGCCAGGCCUGAGAAAGGAAUGAAGGAGAGCCCAGACAAAGAGCAGCUGCAGACCUUGGAGGAGGACAAUCGCAGCCUGGCAGCCCUUGUGUGCAAAGCCAGGAUCCUGGGCCGCUGGAGGCUGGCUGUGCAGCAGGCGCACUUCCGGGGCCAGCUGAGCAGGGCGCAGGAGGAAGUUAUUCAGAACAAAAAGGAAUGUUUGAGGACCAAGCUAAUGGCAGAACAAGAAGUGGUCUUGCUUCGGCAAGAGCUGCAGGCUCUCAGACAGGCCCUAGCCAGGGCACAGGCUGACAACAUAAGCUUGUGGAGGCGGCAUGAGAACCAGGAUCAAUUGCUGAAGGAGUUAGAGCACAAAGUGACCCAGGAAGCUCUCAACCAGCAGCAAUUGGAUUUAAUGAGAACAUCCAGCAUAGAGAAGCUCUUAGGUGAUGUGGAGCAAAAAGAACAGCAACUGCAGCUGCUUGCUGAAGAGGCUGAGAGGACUUCUAGACUGGGCCAGUUUGAACAGAAAAAAAUCAAGAGAAAAAUACGACAGAUGAGAAGCCAGCUUGCUCAGGAGCGCAGUAUGAAACUGGAUGCUUUCCAGCGUGUAGAAGAGCUAAAAAGCAAGCUUAAUGACACUGAACAAUCAUCUGUCCAGAUGAGCUCGCCAGGUGGACAUGUAUCUCGGGCUCUUUACUCCCUAAGUUCUACCUCCACAUCAUCCAGAUACUCCCAGCAACACUUUUUAAAGACUAAUCUUAGAGACAAUAAAAUAAGAAGAGGAAUUCAAAGGCCAAAGACUGUACCUACAAAACACACAAGCAGAAUCAAAGAAGUUUUCCUACCCAAUGUGGUAGAAAAUAUCCAACUUGCCGGUUUUCAAGUUCAAACUGCACCAGCUAGAGUCCCAUUCAGACCUGAUUGGUUUCACCACCGAACUCCCGGGUUUGCCCGAAGACCUGGUCCAGAGACCGUGUAUGCAAAGCCUAACAAGCCGCCCUCCAGCGAGAUGAUCAAGAUGAUCGACUACAAAGCCCAGAGAAAGGCACUGGGUCUCGCCUGCAACUUUGGGAGCGCGGUCUGGCCCAUCAGCCACCUCUCGGCGGCCGCCACCGCCGGACGCAGCCACGUCCUCUCCUCCGAACCUAGAGAAGAGACCACCAUUAGGGUACUCUCGCCCCUUCCCACCGAGGCGCUCCCUACCCACCCCGGCCAGCCGGCGACCGACCCCGCACUGGACGCGGGGCGGGUCGCCAUGUUGCCAGAGUCGCCGCCUCACCCCGAGCGCGGCCGUCCUGGCCUCGGUCCCGCGCGCACCGAGGCGAGGAACAGCAUCGGGGUGAGCGCGGGCCAACGCAGGAAGCCCGCGGGGCCCGGGCCCACCUGGUGCGGCCGUGGUGUUGGAGACUCCGGAGUGGUGGAAUUCGAGUCCACAGAUAGCACAGAGAGCGCAGCCAGGCAGGUGGCGGCCCAGAGGAGCCGGAGAGAAAGCCCCGACAUCGCGUCCUCAGAACUGGAACUCGCGAAUAGCUGCAGCGCACCACGCUCGGCUAGCGUUUCCGUCCCCUGCGCCUCGGACCCAAGACUUCGCUCCUCCCGCGGCCGCGCACGGGGGUCACGUGAGGGGCCCGCCCCCGCCCGAGCGCUAGGGGGCGAGGCGGCGUGGAGGCGGGGCGCGGACGAUACCAACGGGAACGCUACGAGCGGGGGGAGCAGGGCGGCGAGAGGAAGCCGAGAUGGCCUCUUGGCCUCUUCUUCAAAGCCACUGAUCUGCGACGAAGAAACUGGCCCUACAAAGGAUGUAGCGCCCUUCGGUUAUCACAGUGGACGUGAGCAGUCUUUUUCUCAUGGCUGUAAUAAAGAAGGUCUCCACCCUUGCUUGGAUGGACCAAGUUACGUGACGUGGCGUACAGAGUCCCCCUGA